AGCAGCAAAUACCUCAAAAUUCAGAUUUCGAACAAGAAUUAGAGCCUCAAGAGUUCAAAGAUGAUAUCCAGGUCGGCUGCGUGUUUGGGAUAGCACAGUAAAGUUGCUGGAAUCUAUUUCUGUGACCAGUCGUUGGAUGACGGCUUCCUCUCAUCUCGGUUGAUUGGGUAUUUGGGUGUCGCACCAACGUUAAAGAAUAACCGCAAUUUAUAUCUGAGGGUGAGUUUGUUGAUGUGGUGUUAAUUUGAAAUUAAAUAUAAAAAACCUGAAUAAAAAAUACUCCGUAUUUGGUAGUACUUAGUAGAACACACUUGCAGCCGUCAUUCCCGUCAAACUGACCGAUACGGGGUUCUCCUAGAGAUGGAGAUGGCUGGAGAUUGCAAAUACUCGUGCAAAACUCCCAGUGAAACUCUUCGAUGGAUUCUUGCAAUCCUGGAGUUCAUUAAGCCUUGUCAGUUCUUCUUCGAUGCGCAUGUCGUCAAUUUCUUCAAGGACAGGCUAUGGGAAGCUGUGGAGAAAGAGUGGAUGGAUUGUCUACAAGAUGAACCUGUUGAAAAUCUAAUCCAAAUUCCUUCGGGUGUGUUGCAGGAUCACUGGCCUGCUUCACUUAAGGAAUUUGUCAAUUCUCUGAGGUCUCUUUCUCUUCCUAGAAAGCAGGCAAAUCUGCAGGAGGAAUUCCCACUAUUGCACAUGGCCUCUCUGAGUACUGUUCUUGCUCAAGGCAUGAACCGUAAGAAAAGACACGAAGUAAGACAUGGAAUAUUCUUAUUAUCAUUCAUAUUUAAACUUCCUUUAGUUGCUCUUUUUUUCUGAAGAUAUGCUAUGCCUGGAUGACAUUGGAAAUGUCUCACCAUUGUUGUUUGCGUGUUACAAUGUGUUUUAACUUUUAAGUGAUGACAAAAUGUGGCACAAAUUACUGGUUAUAUCCUAGUUUCAUUGCACCUCCAUCUCAAGGGGGUAGCUGGCCCAAGAAUAUGUCUACGAUCACAUGUUUGAUAUGGGCAUCAUUUUUAAAGCACAAAUUUGGAGUAUUAAUUUAUUUAACAACAACAACCCAGUUGAAUCCCACAAAAGUAGGGUCUGGGGAGGGUGUGUGUACGCAGACCUUACCCCUACUCGAAAUUAGAGAGGCUGUUUCCAAAGAGACCCCCCGGCUCAGCGUCAAAAGUUGAACUGAUUAACUAACCUCAUUAAUUAAAGAAGCGCAAACAAU